UUUGUUUUUAUUAGACCAGCAAUGGAAAACGACAUCAGUAGUUUAAAAUCACCAGUUUUUAGACUGUAGACGUUUGGACGAAGACAAUUAAUGCAUUAGUAUGUUGCUGAUCGUUGUCAUAUUCUCAAAUUAAUGUUGGUAUUGUUACGCAGUUACCCCAGCAGUCUGAAUGGAACGCUCCAACAGACGCACCGUAAUGACGUAACAUUUGCGCGGGUGAGUAGAAAGUAGGAAACCAUGACAAACAAACCCAGAUAAACAAUGUAAAAUAUACGCUUUUGAGACUUUGAGAAAUACACAAUGUCCUCAUGGCGGCAGCUGGAGCUUCACCCGAGGAUCAUCGGCGGCCUGAGGAGAGCUGACAUCAAGUCUGUCAGGGACGUGUUGUGCAUGUCAGGUCCAGAUCUGCAGAGACUCACCUCAUUGUCGGCCUCUGACGUCCAGCAGCUGCUAACUUCUGCUGCGCUGGCCUGCAGGCGCCAGAGCCCACUACCAGUUCUUGUGUUGCAUCGACGCGAGUGUCACACGUUGGAGUCUGGUCUCAGACUCAGCACAGGCUGCCCUCUGUUGGACCGGCUGCUGAGAGGAGGUCUUCCUGUCGGCGGCGUCACUGAACUGUCAGGAGAGAGCGGCGUCGGGAAGACCCAGCUGGCUCUGCAACUCUGUCUCUCUGUACAGUAUUCCACCCAACAUGGGGGGUUGAAUUCAGGAGCUGUGUUUGUGUGUGCGGAGGACGCGUUUCCCAGCAGACGUCUGCAGCAGUUGAUCAGAGAACAGUCGUCCUUUCGCUCUGAUGUCCCUUCACAUGUGACCAACAGCCUUCACUUUAGUGACCACGUUUAUGUCGAGCACGCUGCUGAUCUGAUGGCUCUUCACUCGUGUCUGACACAUCGCGUGCCCCUCUUGCUGACUCGGGGUCUGGUCCGGUUUGUGGCCGUUGACUCGGUGGCAUCUCUAUUCAGGUCAGAGUUUGGAGUGGCUGAUUGGCUAGAGAGGACAAGGGAGCUACUGACAGUCUCCUCAAAGCUGCAUUACCUAAGUCACGAAUUUAAUACUCCUGUUCUCUGCAUCAACCAGGUGACUGAUAUCUUCAGUAAUUCAGAAGAGCAUUUGGGUCCUUCUUCCUCAACAGUGGGCCCGGCUUUGGGCUUGGCUUGGGCCAAUCAGGUGAUGGUUCGUCUGAUGAUGCAGCGUCUCAAUGCAACAGUUACCAAAGGCAACCAGAACAGCGGCCUGCGCAGGUUGGAGGUAGUGUUUGCACCUCACCUGGCUCGAACUGGUCAAGAUGCCGCAGUGUGGAAGGAGGGCGUCCAAGGAGUUGAGACUGGACUAAUGUUAAACAUGCAAUGAUCAUCCAUCCAUCCAUUUUCUACUGCUUGUCCCUUUCAGGGUGGGGGGUGGGGUGGGGGGGGGGGGGGUGUGCUGGAGCCUAUCUCAACUGCAUUAAGGCGGAAGGCAGGGUACACCCUGGACAAGUCGUGGGCCAACACAGAUAAACAUUCACAUAAUUGUUCUUAAUUGACAAUGUUCAAAACAACAAAGCAGUGUGUUCUAUUCCUCAUACCAAAGUCAUGUACCGAAGUGCCUUUAAUGUUUACAGAUACACAUUUAAAAACACAUAUGAGGUGAAUUGUGUAUACUUGCAUUACUAUUAUUAUCAAAGUCAGUGACUGACAGGUGACAAAGCUACACAUUUUUUGAACAUUGCCAUUUGUUGUCCUAACUGCGGAUAUUUUUCUUCAGUAAUUGGAUGUCGUUCUCUUUCCUUGGGUGACUUUUUGGUUCUGUCUAAGCUAUUUAGCUUUCUUUUCAAAGUGGAUCUCUAUAUUUUUCAGAUGCUAUUUUACAUAAGAGAGGGUUUAUGCCUAGGAACAUAGAAACCCAACUGACAGAAAAAAACAAUCACAAACCAGCAGUUAAAAUUUAAUAGUUUGGUUGAAGCACCCCUCGCAAUCCCGAGAGGGACAAGCAGUAGAAAAUGGAUGGAUAGAAAACAGACUUUGUGAUUAUUACUGCUGAAAUCAGAAAUACUGUAAUAAAAUCUGACUUUUUUUUUUUAAGCGAAAA